AUGUUGCCCGCUGCGCUUUAUGGGCAAUUGGCUCCCAACGCCUUCGCGGACCCGCUUUUGCAGGCCACAAUGGCCGCGAAUUUGGUGCCGCAAACGUCGGCGGCCGUUACCAUCUCCACCAAUUCAAAUGGUGGCCAAGUAAGUUUUUUGAAGCGUUUAAACACGGUGCAAAGUCAUAAUUUGAAUCUCAAGUUCGCAUAGAACAAUUUGCUACCUUUCCCGAGUAAUUUUAAGAAAAUUCAAAUUUUCGUGGUGGGACCCAGAGCGGGUCAUAGUGACUAUCAAAAUUCGUACAAAUUUUUAUCACAGACGCAUUUAUAGCCGUCUGUAGGCCAGUUUGUCACUUGCUUUCCACUUUUUAAGCGUAUUAAGGCACCUAAAAAUCCGUAUAUUACACAUGACUCCAACUAAUUCCCCAAUUUUUCUUUCAGGCUGCGGACUCAAGCGCUUCCACCACUCCCACCGGUUCUCGAGACACGACUUUCACCAAGAUCUUCGUCGGUGGCCUUCCCUAUCACACCACCGACCAGACCCUGCACGAUUAUUUCAAGCAAUUUGGGGAGAUUGAGGAAGCGGUCGUCAUAACGGACCGACAGACCCAAAAAUCCCGAGGCUAUGGGUUCGUAACGAUGAAGGAGAAGACGGACGCCGAAAAGGCUUGCCGCGACCCCAAUCCCAUCAUCGACGGGCGCAAGGCCAACGUGAACUUGGCCGUUUUGGGAGCAAAACCAAGGAAUAAUGUGAAUUUGUCGGGUAAGAAGCGAAAAAAGUAGUGUUGUAGUAUCUUAAUAAUUUUAGUACGGCCUUAAUAAGACGCUCAGGGAUGUACUCUAGCUAUUUUCGGCGGCUUUGAGAUAAAUUUUCGAUUUUCCAUGUUUUCGUGGUAGGACCCAAAUUGAUGCCAAAAAGCCAAAACUUUCGGCAAAUUCAUUGAUAAUUGCUUGUAAAAUACGUCGCCUUCUAUAUAUGUGGCCUAUAUCCCUGAGUUUCGGGUCGUGUUUGAGUCUGGAGAGAUUACUGUAACUUUGUAGUGUAAAAGUAUAAUAUACUAGGCGAAAGCGAAGCGAAUGAGCGCGGAAUGAUGUAGGCUUUUCCUUGACGUGUGUCAUAGUUGUGAAUUCCAUGGUUUCCAAGUUUUUUUGGGUCUGCUUUGAGUUAUUUUUAAUCUCUUUUUUGAAAUGCACCCCCGAGCCAAAGUUCAUUAGAAUAUUGACGUCAUGGCCCUUUUCUAUGCUGUAAACAUGCCGUGCUGAACUUUAUGUGAGCUACAAAUCCACAACAGAACAUUUAGAGCUGUUUCCGAGGAGUUUCAGGUUUUCGUGGUGGGACCCAAAAGGUCCUGUCACGAAAAUCUGAGAACCGGAAAAAUUAUCGAAAUAGGCCCUAAGGCUACGACUAGUACCGAAUAAUAACCAUUAAACAUUUUUCGAGUCCAUAAACUCCCAUUUUGAACGUUAAAUUUACAGUAACCCAACAAAUUUUCGAAAUGAGAUUAGUCAACCGAUUUCUCUGACAAUGUAACUUGAUUGGUUUUCCUUUUUACUGUUUUGCUCAUGUUACAGCCUUUACCACCGCACUUGCACCACAACUGCAACUUCAGCAACAACUCCAGCUGCUUCAAGGACGUUUGGGGUGAGUGUGCCAUUUUGGAGUUUUUUUUUAUUUUUCUUUUUGGACUCCCUGAUUUUUUAACUGCGCUUUUCUUAGUGGUUCUGAGGUGUUUGCGAAAGUGGUUGCCGGGUUACGGUGUUUUUUUUUUGAAGAUUACGGUAACUGAUAUGGUAAUUAAUGGAACCGAAACGAUAAUAACGGGCCUAGAAUACUCUGCAUAGUCUAAAUAUACCUUGUAAAGUCUAAUACAGACUUUAUUCUUGGUUUUGAGAGGCUUAGACCUAAUUUUGGGUCCCACCACGAAAACUUGAUUUAGCCUAAAAUCGCGGAAAUUUGACUGAAACUGGAUUGGAAUAGUGCUACAGUGGUGGACCUGAUCCAGUGGCAAAAAACGUACCAUUUUGCAUCCAGGAAGUAUCAAAAAUGUGGCAAAAUACCUCCUCUACAAGUGAAAAAAACUCCGAUUUCAAAAGCGCGCCUUCAAAACUUUUUUCACUUGGAGAGGGAAGCAUUUUGUCACAUUUUUGAUACUUCCCGGAUGCAAAAAGCUACGUUUUUUGCCACUGGAUCAGGUCCCCCACUGUAUAUGGUACUAAUUUGAUCAUAAGGUUCUUGUUUUACCCCUCUGACUUUAAAAAACCCCAAAUCCGAAACUUCUCCCCACUUCAAACAACAGUAACUUGCUUACGUCGAAAAAAAAGGCAAACCGGACCCGUUUUCUGACAACCGGUAUUUUUAGCGGCGGCGAAAACAUCCGGUAAUAACAAAUUUUUUGCGUCAAUGUCGGCCUUUGAAAUCGGAGACCACAAACUCGAGGGCCGUAUAAUCCAAUUUCAGCGAAAUUAGGACCCUUGUUUGGCGUACUUUUGAUGUGCACAGUGCGGAAUGAGUGAGGGCAAAAGACCACUGAAGGGCGUUUCACACUGGUUUAUUUGAAGUGGCAUUGGUAUUAACAGGAAUUUCGCGGUUUUUUGAGCGUUUUUGGGGAUUUUGAAGCAAAAAUCUUGAAAAAAUCAAGAUUUCUUGGAAAUUUGCUCAAUUUUUGUGUCGCUUUUAGUGCCUAGCUUCUUAUAAACUAAUAAAAAUGACCAGCUACUCCCAAUUUUCAUCCGUUUCUCUCCUUUUUACACUAAAAACCACCAAUUUUCCGCCUUUGGGGGAUUUUCAAAAAUUUUCCUCAAAAUUAACAUUCCUUUUCUUGGGCUACUGUAUAAUCGUAUUGAAUUUUCAGUGUUCAACAACUUUAUUCGCCAGUUGCAACCACCGCCGCCGCUACCGGUCAGAUGAUCAAUCCGUUGGCCGGGCAACUCAACCAACAAAUGUUGGCGGCGAUUGCGCAAGCGCAGAUGCAACAACUGACUGCGCAUCAGGUAUGGUUUGUGAGUUGGAGUGUAGAUAAUCUACUUGAAUGCUAAAAUGGAUGUAUUUUUGAUGAGCAAAAAAAUUACGAUCAAUUUUUUGAAAUUGAUGACUAAAGUAAUAUCAUCCACAAAUUUGUGAUGGAAAACCAAGCAAAAUGAGGUUUUAGACAACCUAUGCCCUAAUAAAGACUUCUAGAUAGUUGUGUGUACUAUGUUAGCGACCAUUUCAAAGUUAUGACUACUUAUAUUCAGCUAGAUCUAAAGUAAUAUAAUGGGUAAAUCCAGAUUCUUUCUCCGCCAAAAUACAUUUAUUUCGACGCUAUAGGCCUCAAUACAGCCUAGGAACACAACAUUUUAUUUAUCAUCCACCUACUUUUCAAAAAAUCACCAAUUUUCUUCCACCCACCCCUAGUACAAUAUAAUAAACCUUCAUUUUCCAGAUGGUGUCGGCUCAACAGCCUCAAGCCCAACUCGCCGCGCUUCCUCAAGCCAACCAGGCCUACCUGAACUACGCGGCGCUACUGGCGCAGCAACAACAACAGCAGCAAGCGCAGCCGACGGCAGCCGAGCUGGCCGCGCAAUUCCAGGCCCAAACCGUGGCGGCCGCUUCGAACUCGCUGACCUACCGGAAGGAGCGAGAAAAGCACAGAGUCAGCCCUUAUUAA